CAGUAAUUGGUGUUGUCCUGGUUCUUUCAUUAUCAUGUUUCUUUACCACUCUUUAUUAGGUAAGAAAGUGCAGAAGAAAACCUUUCACUGCACCUUCCACAGAGGAUCCUUCUAUGAACGUGUCUUAUGCGGAGCUCUUUAAAGCAACAGAUGGGUUCUCUUCUGACAAUUUGGUGGGCACUGGAAGUUUUGGUGCUGUAUAUAAAGGGAUUCUGGAUCGUGAUGCAACAAUGGUAGCAGUAAAAGCCUUCAACCUUCAACGACAAGGAGCUCUGCGGAGCUUCAUGGCCGAAUGUGAUGCCUUGAGAAACAUUAGGCUUCGGAAUCUUGUUAAGAUCUUGACUUGUUGCUCGAGCAUUGAUUUUAAGGGCAAUGAGUUUAAAGCUCUAGUUUAUGAGUACAUGCCCAAUGGAAGUCUAGACGAGUGGUUGCACAGUGAUGAUGAUGACCAGCUGAGAAAGAACUUGAAGUUUACUCAAAGGCUAAACAUAGUUGUAGAUAUGGCUUCUACACUGGAUUAUCCACACAAUGAUUGCCAAACAUCAAUCAUUCACCGAGAUCUAAAACCGAGCAACAUUCUUCUUGAUUAUGACAUGAUUGCUCAAGUGGGUGAUUUCGGCCUAGCCAGAUUCUUAUCUGAAGUUGCUAAUACUAGCUCAAUUGGGAUGAACGGAUCCAUUGGGUACAUCGCUCCAGAGUAUGCGAUGGCUAGUAAAGCAUCUACACAAGGAGAUGUCUACAGCUAUGGAAUCUUUUUAUUGGAGAUGAUCACUGGAAAGAGGCCAACUGAUGACAUGUUUAAGGACAAUCUAAGCCUUCAUCAUUUCGCUAAGUUGGCUUUGCCUGAUCAAGUAAUGAAGAUUGUUGAUCCACGACUGCUCAUAGAAGAAGCUGAAGUUACUCAAGGCAACAAAAAUCAUAUCAAUAUAAGAACUAGAAUGCAAGGCUGCUUGAUUUCACUGGUCAAAAUCAGUGUGUUAUGCUCCAAGGAAUCUCCAAGAGAACGAAUGCAGAUGAGAGAUGUUGUUGUAGAAAUGCAUACAGUCAAGGACCUGUAUCUCAGGGUCAAGAUUCACUGAGACAGAUAGGUUACAUUGCAAAUGUUAGAUCAAGGUUCAUCUUUUCUCAAUAAUUAUUAAGUUAUUAUUGGUAGCUAUGUUAAGAAAUAUUUCAAAAUAAGAUGAGCUCGUUGAAUACUUUUUAAACAA